AUGACAUCUACCUACGUUCGAUAUCGAGAAAUUCGUUUACUGGGUGCUAAAAUAGUGUUGCCAAAUAGUUUCGAAAUCACUUGGUUGCAGGAGAUCACGGCCCGGUGCAAGGUCUGGGCAGUCAUCAAGCUCGUCACUGAGAUAACUUUACAGAUCAUGCCCGGGGACUUGGGAGGCAAGAGAAUGCUGGGAUAUGGCCAGUCGGAAAUCAAGACCUGUGCUCCUAAAACAACGAUGUAUCUAUUUCGUGCUCUCGUGCUAGGCAUCCUGUUCGUGAUUCAUAGUGUGACAGGUCACUCGACUCGGGUCCGGAAACCUGACCAUGCAGCUCCACUCAACGAUGUUCGCCUGGAAAUCUCCAGCCCUAGUUUCCAAACGACAGGACGAUUCAACCUUACGUUCGCAGUCGCCAAGCAUGAUAGCAAGAUUCAGCUGCAGCUAAAGCCCAAUAGUGUUAUCCUUCCGUCGGAUGCCUACAUCCGAUACCUUGAUACCAAUGGAGCGCUGAAGCAGAUCGAAUCGCUAGAUAAGGAGCAGGGGAGAAUAUUUCAUGGAACGGCCUGGGUGUCUUUCUCUAACGGCUCAUGGUGUUUAGCUGGAAGGGCGCGGAUAUAUCUGCUGAAUGACGGGAAUAAUCUCCUGUUCGAGGGCAACGUGGGUCUGUUCAACCAGAAUUUCGGGCUCAAACCAAGCACUAGAGCUGCAUACGGCCUCAAUCAGUCUAAUGCGCAAAUGGAAAUUAUUGGAGCUACUGACGCUCUAACAUACUUGCGGGAAAUGCGCGAUCAAGGCAUACUACAGGGGGGUCCAUCUAGUUCUGCGAUCGCUUCUGACCUUGGGGGACCAAUCACGCACACUGCGACUAUGCCGCGCCAGUAUCAGGGGGACUACAGGGAGAUAAAUCAGAGUAUUGGUAGCAGGGAUGGAUGUCCAACCACACCGAAAAUUGCCCUCAUCGGCCUAGCUACCGAUUGCGCGUACAGAGCCGCAUUCGCGUCAGUUGAAGAGAUGCGACGAGGGAUACUCGGGAUGGUCAACGCAGCCUCCGAAGUGUUUGAGAGGAACUUGAACAUUUCGCUCGCCAUCCGCAAUCUCACCAUCAGCGACGAAGGUUGCCCCGAACAUGGCUCCAGCAGCACCCCUUGGAAUGCGGCAUGUUCCGCAGGAGAUAUCAAUUGGCGUCUUGCUCAAUUCGCGCUGUGGAGACAGUCCCAAGAUGAGACCAAUGCCUACUAA